AUGUACAAUGCACUGACUCAGAGACCUCCUGCCAUUAUGUUCUCCAAAGUAUUCCUUGUGGCUUCACCUACUAUCCAGAUUGUAAUAAGUGUGGUAUAUCUGAAGGGCCAUCCUCAGCAGUCCUACAUCACUUUCUACAUGAUGGUGGCCGGGGUGUUUGGUCUGCUGCUGGGUCUGCUCUCCUGUUUGUCCUGUGCUAGGCCUGAUAAAAAUGGAGAGAAUUAUGUUCUCAUCCAUGUGUGCUCAGUGUGGAGCUCACUAGUCUCUCUGUUCCUCUUCUGCUGGUUAAUAGCUGGCAGCGUGUGGAUCUACUCCUUCUACCCUGCCAGUUACAACAAGACUGGAAUCAGGGACCUCUACUGUAAUAAGACCAUUAGUGUUUCUGCCUUCUUGAGCACCACACUGGUGUACAUUUUGUUAGCAGGACUGAUUGUGGGAGGUUUCUGCGUGUUUACCUGCGUGUGGGGGUCUAAUGAGGAAAAUGCACAAAGAAAGACAGAAGAUGCGUAGAAACCAAAACAUUUAACCUAAGACUUCUCAAUAUUUUUUUCUCACUCAAACUGCAUUCUGAGCUAGGCCCUUGUACUCCCUACACUCUUAUUAAUGUUGUCUAGGUAAUUUGUUUUGGUUAAAUCCCUUCUUUCGUAAUGCUCUGGAACAUCAUCACAUAAAAAAACAGAAUUCCUCUACUCAGGGUGUGAAUUACACAACUGCAAUUGUAAGGUUUUCUUCAGGGUCUAACUGUAAACCAAUAAAGUGCAGUGAACUGAAGUGUACAGUCCUUACAGUGUCUUGUUUG